AUGGUGGAAUGGACGCACGCAACUUAUGGGAGCCUUCAGAGUGGUGUAGCAGAGCAAAAGGAUUGCUUCAUGACUGGUGACCGUCGCAAACUUUAUGGGAAAGACAUCGAUAUGAAGAGAACCAGGGAGGACUUGAAGCUUGACAUCAAACCCAUUGGAGAACGAGGAAGAACAGAGUUCUUCAAGAAGAAAAUGCUGACCCUGUUCCGUUUUUCUGAUGUGACCAAAGAUGGACGACUUACAUAUGAUGACUUUGAAGUGGCAGCAGCUGGACUCAUUAGAUAUGGAGGUCUCACGAGUGAAGAGUCAAAAUCCUUCCGAGAGUUCCAGAGGAACCAGUGGGAGUUCUUUUUCGAUCUCAAGGGAGUGGACAACAAGAAGGAUUACCUGACCGAGGACACAUAUUUGACAGCUAUGAGAGAAAUGGUCAACAUUCCUCAAGUGGAUGAACAAGGGAACUAUGAUGAAUAUGUUGUGCCUUUCUUCUUUAAGGCUGCAAUGAAGGCGUUUCAAUCCCUUGAUCUUAAUGGAGAUGGAAUAGUGUCCUUUGAAGAAUUCUGCCUUGCUAACUUGGAAUACAUGUUCUCAGAGAAUGAGAAGAUACCUUGCAAGGAGAUGUUCGGUCCACUGGAUGCUUGAGGAGUUCUCCAUAGUUGUCGACGGCUUUCCUUUUAUUCCUGCUAUCAUGCAAAUCACGAAUCUCCACGUACGUUUUCUUAAAUACCACCCUUUUUUUCUGUAAUUCUACCUAUAGAUUUGAUGCAUAAUACUGUAUCUGGCAUUAUGUAUCAUUUCACUAUACAUUGAUGCAAUUUGUUACGUCAACUUGAAGCUUUGCAUUUUGGUGCUUUUGACGACUUUUAAACAGUUGGGUGAAAAGGAAGGUGCGUUUCAUUCAUCGUUUUACAGUAAGCUAAAAAUAACGUCUGGGGAACGUCCUCUUCGGGGAAAUCCCCAUGAAAGCCAUUGAAGGAAUCUUUCACUUUUUUGCUUGGCACGUGUGGACACUCACUGUUUCUAAACACCGAAGGCAGGAAAGUUGAAGAUCCUUGCAAUGGAGAAUUGAGUUUCUUGAUUUUCGGGUAUCGGUGCUUCCAUAUGUGAAAGCUUAAAAUGCAAAUACGAGUCAGGUUCAGUUUUUUUUUUCCUCCUACAUCAGUCUCAUCAUCUUAUCGUUCAUUGGGGCCUUGUGUCCGUUGAUGCUCUGAAAAUCAGGGUGGGUGGAGAAAGGCUGUGAUCGUGAAAACCUCAGGAGCUCAGACUAAAAGUCUUCCAUUUGUUAAGUGAUUUCCUUCUGGAGGCUGUCUAUGUAGGGGUGGGUAGGCAUUUGAGAAGUACAUGUUAGUUUCCGUCUAUUCCUUGUCCUAAUCGAUUAACAUCAAAGGUAUUCAAUUUACAAAUAAUUUGUUCUUGGAAAUUUAUGUUAGAAUUUAGUCCCCUGCAGCAUUCGUUUAGGGACAUUUGUAAGUUCGGCCCAAUCUGCUCAAAGUCAGGAACUUAACGCAUCAUAACUGCUUGCUUUUUUGUUUUAAGCUUACAGACAUGCAAAUUGAUCCGACAUUAACCAAGCACAGAAUUCAACAAUGCUUUAUGAUGAUUUACAUUGAAGGAAGUAGAAAUUAACUUCCAAAAAAAAACUAGAAAUUGUCAAUAUGUCAUUGUUAUUGACUGCCAUUGCAGUUAAUCAUACCAAAUUGCAUCCUUAUCUGAUCUCCACCCCUUUCAGACCCAAUUAAAAUUAUUGACAGAUGUCCAUUGCCUUGUGUGAGGCAUCGCAAAUUCGCCUUGGGCUUCAAGCGAUUUUUUUCUCAAAAAUGAAAGUUCUGGAAUAUCGGCAGCUAUUUUCAGAGUACAUGAUGUCAUAAAAUAUUUGUGAAUUACUCUCCUCAAGCUUUGGGCAAAAGGGCCAAAAGUGUUAACUAAGAAUUUUUCUCCAAGCCACAGAUUUUCAUACGUCUUAUAUUUUCAGUGAAAAUUGUGGACAGUCUCAACUUAUCCACAUUCUCAGCACAUUCCGUUAUAAAAUCAUUUCUUGUAUUCUCUGUUGGUAUCACAGCUGUGGCGCUUCCUGUUUGUUUUUUGAGUCAUUCUGAAUGCAGGGGAUGCUGUCCUUUUAAAAUUCCAAGUCAUAUAAGUCGCAGUUCUUAUCUGAGCUAUUUUGAUUAAACUUGCACUAGGCAUAGGUUGAUGCAUAAUUGAAAAGAAGUUUAAAAUGGCCAGGAGGCUGUGGAGUCAAGUGGAGGAAAAUCCUUCGCGCUGUAGGAGCGAAUCAUCCAGGUCACUCUAAAGUCUCUUCCAUUCCAAUUCAUUAUACGGGCUGACUUUCUGUUGCAGAUGGCUUUGGUAAGCUAUUAUCCCCAAUUAAUAAGUAUUGAAUUAAUAGAUAUCACUUCAAUGAGUUUGUUCAGAACUUCUUCGAAUUACCCUUCAUGUUGGAGUAGGUUCCAGGCGUCAUCUAGUAGCUCCGAGGGAACUGGAGCUCCUGACCAUUUUCAAUACCUGCUUUUUAUUGAAUGAUUGCUCAUGAUCUGCUUUGGCAAAAUGAAUUUACAUUUUGAAAACAAUAUAUCAAGAGCCUGUUUGGAAUAUGUCAGUGCGUCCACUGCACAUGUUUCAUGAAGAGUAAAAAGUAAUAAAAACGGGUAAAAAAGGAAACUGUGUUGCCACGCACUCAGACAGACGCCAUGUGACCUUCAGCCGCCGCCUGUCCAUCCCUGUCCAAUCCUGUUGCAACGUAAUUUUUUCUAGGUAUUUAUAUGAACUUCUGAAAUUCUGAAACUGUUGAAGAUAUUCGAAAUGUAAGUAUACCAAUUUAAGGCAAAUGCAGCAAACCACAUUAAAAUAUAUGCUAUGAGUGCAAUAUAGUGAGUGCAAUCUCGUUUAAAGCUGUCCGGCUUUUUUGGCCCACCGUGUAUAUUGUUCGGCAGGGUUCUUUGACAACUUCAUGGAAAUUUUGUUCUUGAACUAUUUACUGUAUGUGUGAAAGCAUCAAUUUCCUUGUCUUCAACCAUGACUUGUUAAAGUCAAUGUUUCUGGAAUUGAACAAACUCAAUAUUCCCGUAGUAAGAUUUUAUUUUAUGUUUGCAUAAUAAAUACGAAUUUAAUGACA